UAACAAUAAUAUAAAUAUAACCUCACAAUUUAUAAUUAUAAAAAAAAUUAAAAAUUACUUUUAAAUUUGAAUUUAAACUUAAAACAGUUGUGGUCUAUAGCAGUGUUUUUAUUGUAUGAAUAUGUUAAAUAUUUUCGAGAAGUUGCUUUUUUAUAAUGAAAAUACGAAUAAUAUUGAAGAUCAAAUCAGUACAGUGAUUUUCAUUGCUUCACUGACUCAAGAUACUUUGGAGCCUUUGGAAAUAGACACUCUGUCUAAAAUAUGUUCAAUUUUUUAUAAAACCUUAUAUGGAAACGAUUUUAAGAACUUUAAGUGUUUUUUAAAUUCUGAAAUAAUAAAAAUAGAACUAUUUACAAUUAGAAUUUGUAACAGGUCUUUAUGGCAAGCUGUAUGGUUUAACUCUAUAAAGAAUUUUGAAUUACUUCCAUCAAGAAACAAAAUAGUAUCCCACAAAGAUGAUACAAAUUUUUUGAUGUGGUGUUUACAUUAUAUAUUAAAUAAUGUAGUUAUUCUUGAUAAAAAUUCUCUUUAUUUGCUUCGUACUCUUCAUUUAAUUUUGAAUCGAACAGAUUUGCUAUUAAUUUCUCUUAGUAGCUCCAUCAUUAAAUUAAUGAAUAAAGUGGCUUUGUCACCACAUCACGGCUUUAAACAACUUGCAUGUAAUAUCUCCAAAAUAGUUUUGAAGUUCUUGGAACCCUCACAACAAUUUGAAAUAUGUAAUAUUAGUUCAUUGCCUAUAAAAGGAAUAGAGAUGUCUGAAGUUGUAGAUACUUUUACAGACACCUUAAUUAAAGAAAAUCUAAAAAAUAUUGUUGCAAAAGUAUUGAUGAUGUUUUCCAAUAAUAUAGAAAAUAAAGAUGGAAGUUAUUUGUAUGAAAAAGUAUUAUUAUGCACUUUUGAAGAAUGGAUUGAUUUAGUGUGGCCACUUUUCUUUAAACAUUUGCAAGAAAUAGAAUAUGAAGGUGAAUUUUUCCAAAGCUUGGUUAAAUAUUGGAUACCACUUACAAUAAAUGCAUACAGAACAGAUUUUUACUCAUUUAUAAGGAAGCAACCUAUAGAUUUAAGAUUAAAAGCACACAUAUUAUUAGAAUCAAGAAGAAAAGGUUUCCUCUUUGAAAGUGAAAAGUCAAUUUUUAAUCACUUGGAAACAAAAGAUUUAAGAUUAAGAAUUAUAUCAACUUACAGAAAAAAAUCUCUUGUUCCAGAAACUGAGGAUAUAAACUUUUUAAUGGAUUAUCUUUACUCAAAUUUAAAAACUUAUCUGGAAGAUGAAGAAGUCGACUGCAUUCAGAAAUUUUUUUCUCAAAUAGCAUUUGUUUCUCAUACUGAGCUAAAAAAGGGUGAUAGUGAUUUUGGCUUCUAUGAAGAUUUUGCGUACAAAAUUAUGAAUUAUUGUCAUAAAACUUUUGCAACAGAAUUUUUUGAAGUGGGAGCUCAAGUAUUACAUAAUUUUUUAACAAUUUUAAAAGGAUCUCACAAACAAUUGAAACUAAUUUACAAAUUAGAGAAAAGAGACUACUAUGAAAAUGGAGAAAAUUUUCUUUUCAUUAAAUUAAAAGAAAAGCAAUUAUUGGAACAAAAUAUUUUUCCCCAAAUUCGAGAUUGUAUUUUAAGAAUAGAUUGCUACAGUUUAAUAUUAACAAAUUUAAUAAGACAACAUUACAAUAAUUAUCAAUUUAUGACUCCUAGUUUGUUUAAAAACAUUCUCACAAAAAUAGAGUCUACUCCAAAUAUUCAAAAUACAGAAAGAAUUAUCAACUGUUCAAAUUUGUUAUUUUCACAAACGAAAUCCAUAGAAACAUUAAUAUUUAUAGAAGAAAUAGAAAUUCUUGUUUUACGAAAACUUGAAACCAAGGAUCCGAAUGAGAAAGAUUUAUUUAAAAAGGUAUUGUAUUUAGAGAUUUUGACAGUUGCGACGAAAAGACAAUUCAAAGUUAAGAAGAUUGAUGAGCUCGUCCAAAAAAGUUUGUUUUAUAUAGAUCAUAUUUUGGAAAGCAACUUCUUACAAGGAAUUAGCUACAGAUGUACAAAAGUAGUAGAAACAUUUAUAACUCGAGUAAUAUUUUUAAUAUCACAAAACAUGCACGAACUGUGGCCAUCAAUAGAAAGGGAAUAUGCAAUCCAGACUCUGUUAAAUAUUAUUGAAAAUAGCAAUAUGAAGAAACCAGUAUCUGUUAGUACAGACCUUUUGAGACAAUUUGGUUACAAAUUGGAAGAAGAUGAGUUUGGUAAAAAUUUUAAAAUAGUCUUUUUAAAUGAGACUUUGGAAGCAAUUAAGUACGUACCUCCGACUAAAUAUUUAAAAAUAAGGAGAAAUCCUGAGAGCAGACUGGUUAUCCAUGCAUUGUGUAUUUCACAAAAAGACCCGAAAAAGCCCUAUUUACAUUGGACGAUGAAGUACCUCAUAGAGCUUAUUUCUAAUCCUGUUAUAACAGAUUUAGCGAUAUCUUCUUGUCUGCACACCAUCGAGCUACUUAUUUGUGAUAACAGAUUGCAACAACAGACAUUAUGUUACAUUCCAGACAUUAUUUUUCAUUGUGUUGAACUUUCUAAACGACCAAAUUGGAUAGUACGAAAUGCCAAUCUACAAUUAGCCAAGUCACUGAUGGAAAGAUUAUAUGGAGUGUCGAUGAACAACUUUUGUAGGCCGAAAAAUAUUGCAGAUCUGUUUGUUUUAUAUCCUAAGAUUGCUUCUUAUUUUUUUAAAUUACUCUCCUUGGAAGAAUUGGACGACAGAGCUGUUAUUCUAUUUCAGUUUUUUUCUGAAUCUUACAUAAAAGAAACUGUGUUAGAUGACGAUAUAUCUGAAAUUCUAGAUUGCUUUAAAAUUGUUUUGGUCCACAUUAUCAAAAAUUAUGAUAAUCAAUAUGGAAAGCUUGCUGUAAAAUCGUACGUAUCGAUUUGUCAAGCCAGUGAUAUUCCUAACGUAUUUCUGGACAUUGCGGAUUUUAUUCAGAUCAAUUUUGUAACUCUUCCAAAAAAUAUAUUUGCAAAUUUAAUAAUGCUGAUGCAAGAAUUACAUGAAAAAUAUAAAACUUCAUUUGAAUUUCAGGUCGACAAAAGUGGUGGACAAAAUAUGUAUUUUGGUUGGGUAAAUCUUACGUUUUUUCUUAAAAAAUUUCAUACAAAAUUGUUUGAUUUUUUAUUGCUUAAAGUUAAGUCUGUUGGUGAUAUUCUUUGUGAAAAAUUGUAUGAAAAUAAUCUUUGGGUACAUAAUAAUUUAACAUUUUUCUUUUUAAACGCAAAUUCGGUACAAAUUUGUGAAAUGUUGGAUGAUAAAACGUUUUUUAAUGUUCCAGAAUUUGCUCAGGUCAAAAUGUUGAGUAUUUUAAUUCAAAGAUCUGAAAAUGACCUGUUUUCAGAUGCCGAUUUAGAAAAUAUCACUAAUUCUCUAUUUAGAAUUGCUUUAUCAUCAAAUGAAAAAACUGUAUAUUUAUUAAAUUGUUAUUAUAAGUGUUUAUUAAUUUUCCAAGAAAAUGCUAACAUAAACUUUGAAUUUACAGCUCUUCUUUCAAAAAAUGUAUAUAAAAAUUUAAUUACGUUAAUAUAUAUCUCUAAAAAACCAUUUUAUAAUAAUUCAAAUGAUCAAUUUUUUAAUUCAUUAAUAAAUAGCAUUAAAAGUAAUAUUUCGACAAAUGAGGACAUUGAUAGAGACAUAUUAGCAGCAUUGACAUUGUCUUUUCCUGUAUUACCUAAGAAAGUAUGUAUAGAUAUUUUAAAAAUUAUUCUGUAUUAUUCUUUAUUCAAAACGACAUAUUUAGACGCCUUUUAUUGUGUUUGUGUCAUUUCAAAUAAAAGUUAUAAUGGUAUAUUAUACGCUCUUGACAAUUUUUAUAGUUUAGAUAAUUUAAAAACGAUUUUGGAGGAUGAUGUAAUUGUAAAACGAUUUAUUUUAGAUGUAAAAAGUUUUGUAAAUACUAAUUUUGCAGAGAUAAAGUGCGAUGAUAAUGAGUUUUACAUAGUAGAAGAAGAAGUUUUAAUACCAAACAGUUUUAUUAAAAAAAUAUUUAGUUGUAAACAUUUUUAUAAAAAAG